AUGGCAAUUGUGAUGGUGAACUCUUUCCUGCACAUCAUGAGGAAUGCAGAACUCUCCUACGACCAAGGCAAAAUCAAGGAGGCACACUUGGUGAUUGGCAGCAUGAUCACUCCGAUCCUCCUAGCCAGCAAAGUCAAGCUCCCUGCCCCUUCACACCCGCCCCUGUUUAUGGAUGUGCCUUAUCUGAACAAGACUUGGUUCUUGCGAGGAACGCAUGAGGGCAAGCACAUCUAUCGCUUCGAGCAUCCUACAUAUGGAAUCUCUAAGGUUUUGCUACCAAACGCUGAUCUUACAGACACCAAGACCCGGGAAGGAAUCCUGUUUCUUCCAAAUGCCGACCAAUUGUUUAUGGAUGGAGGCGACACAGCGGUUGAGAGAGAAGAAGGGAGAGACAGAGGCGAAACCUCGGAGAGACGACCAGAUGAGCUUGGUGAGCUCGACUUCACGCCUUACAACGCAGACGGGAGCGUUCCAGCAAUCGUCAAGGCGCACGAGCACAUCAACCUGCUCCAGAAGUGGUGCAAGAAACAGGAUGAUGUGAUCAAGAAGCUCACGGACACGGUCAACGUUCUUAAGGAAAAACUCUCCUGCAAGUCACCAAACGCAACCAAGGCUGCGUCACCAACCAAAAUCUUGUCUAAUCUCAGACAAUUUGCUGAAGUGAGGACUUUCAGGUACUCUUUUGAAGACUUCCAUUGUUUCGUAUGUCUUUGUUAA